AUCUUCACGGCAUAGUAAAACACGUUUUAUAUAACGUCUGUAAUAUUUGUUAAUUCUUUUUUAUAGUAGCAAAAAUUGUGAAAAACAAUAUUCCAAAAGAGAUAUUUUAUAUGUAGAGAAAGAGACUACACUUUUAUGCGCAUCGAUAAGUUGUUCGCUAAAAGAGAGAAGUCUAAAUAUGCAAAUACUUUCUCUAAAUUUUUUAAUAUAUACCCUUUGUGGUAUAUGGCGACCUAUUGAAUGGUCAUCAAAUGGCGCAAAGCUGCUGUAUAAUAUAUUUACGUUUAUUGUAAUAUUCUCGGAAUACUUUUUGGUGUUAACUCAAUUUAUGGAUAUAUUACUUAUUGUUGACAAUAUCGACGAUUUUGCUAAUAACACUCUAAUGUUCCUGACUAUUGUUGCUGUAUGUUGUAAAGCGACUAUCGUUGUGGUGCGUCGGAAUGCAAUCAUCAACUUGGUGCAAAUAUUGAUGAGAGCACCGUGUAAACCCUGUGACGAGAACGAAGCGGCAAUACAAACAAAAUUUAAUAAGUUUAUUAGGUCAUGUUCAAUAAAAUAUUCACUUUUAGCAACAAGCUCCGUCACAGGCACUACAAUAGGAUCAGUAUUAAAUGUUAUGCAAGGUCACCUACCUUAUCGAAUAUGGCUACCUUGUAAUUACAUUAAUGUACCUACGGUGUUUUGGAUUGUAUCUAUUCAUCAAAUUAUAACUUUAAUUUUUGCCACUAUGAUAAAUGUCGGUACGGAAACUCUAGUUUUCGGUUUACUCAUACAAACGUGUGCGCAACUUGAAAUUUUUGAAAGUCGUCUUCACAAAUUAAUAAUUAACAAAUCAGUUAGAUGUCUGGGAUAUGCUCUUUCUUCGAAUGAAGAUAAAAUCGAGAUAUCGGAGUGCAUACAUCAUCAUCUUAGCAUUUACAAAUAUGCCAAAACGGUAAACAUUAUAUUUAAUCAGGUGCUAUUCGUUCAGUUCUUUGGUAGUAUAUUGGUAUUAUGUACAAGCGUAUAUUAUCUGUCAAUGCAUAUUGCAGAAUUUUCUGGAAUUGCAACUUUAUUAGUAUAUACCAUUUGCAUGUUUGUACAAAUCUACGUUUACUGCUGGUCUGGAAACGAAGUCAUUCUUAAGAGUAUGAGCGUAAAGGAUGCUAUAUAUUGUAUGGACUGGCCACUAUUAUCAGUUAACGAAAAGAAGGAAUUGCUGAUGAUCAUGAUACGAAGCACAAUUCCCAUAAAGUUCACUAGCAGCUUCUUGAUAACUCUGUCCCUUCAGUCUUACAGUAAUAUCUUAAAAACAUCGUACACGGCAUUUAAUGUACUUCAAAAAUAAAAUAUACAU